CCCCCACGGCCCGCCCCCGCCCCGGCUGUCCGCUUGUCUGACCCCGACCGUCUCCAUCCCUUGGGCACGUCUGGGGGACUGGUCCGGUUCUGUGCCUGCCCGCGCGUCAGUGUGCGGCUGUGCGCAGGCGCGGCGGGGGUGCUUAGCCCCUUUGGGUGGGCGGCGGAGCACAGGAGCGCGCGGGCGAGACCAUGGCGGGCAGCGGCGCGGGGGGCGGUGGUGUCGGGGAGACGAAGGUGAUUUACCACUUGGAUGAGGAAGAGACUCCCUAUCUAGUGAAGAUCCCCGUCCCCGCUGAGCGCAUCACCCUCGGCGAUUUCAAGAGCGUCCUGCAGCGGCCCGCGGGAGCCAAGUACUUUUUCAAGUCUAUGGAUCAGGAUUUCGGAGUGGUGAAGGAAGAAAUUUCCGACGACAAUGCUCGCCUUCCUUGCUUCAACGGAAGGGUGGUGUCCUGGCUAGUGUCAUCAGAUAACCCCCAACCCGAGAUGGCUCCCCCAGCCCAUGAGCCUCGCACAGACCUGGUGCCUCCACCUCCACCACUACCCCCUUUGCCACCGGAGAGGACCAGUGGCAUUGGGGACUCCAGGCCUCCAUCUUUCCACCCUAACGUCUCCAGCAGCCGUGAAAACCUGGAGCCAGAGACAGAAACAGAGUCAGUCGUGUCUCUGAGGCGGGAGCGGCCUCGUAGGAGAGACAGCAGUGAGCACGGCGGUGGGGGCCACAGGCCCAGUGGCCCCUCGAGGCUGGAGCGCCACCUAGCAGGGUAUGAGAGUUCUUCCACCCUGAUGACCAGUGAGCUGGAGAGCACCAGCCUGGGGGACUCAGAUGAGGAUGACACCAUGAGCAGGUUCAGCAGCUCCACGGAGCAGAGCAGUGCCUCCCGCCUCCUCAAGCGCCACCGGCGGCGGAGGAAACAGCGACCGCCCCGCCUGGAGAGGACCUCAUCUUUCAGCAGUGUCACUGACUCCACAAUGUCUCUUAACAUCAUCACAGUCACACUCAACAUGGAGAAGUACAACUUCCUGGGCAUCUCCAUUGUGGGCCAGAGCAAUGAGCGGGGAGACGGUGGCAUCUACAUCGGCUCCAUUAUGAAGGGUGGGGCGGUGGCAGCUGAUGGGCGCAUUGAGCCUGGAGACAUGCUUUUACAGGUGAAUGACAUGAAUUUUGAGAACAUGAGCAACGAUGAUGCAGUGCGGGUGCUGAGGGACAUCGUACACAAGCCAGGCCCCAUUGUGCUGACUGUGGCCAAGUGUUGGGAUCCCUCUCCGCAAGCCUACUUCACACUCCCCCGAAAUGAGCCUAUCCAGCCGAUUGAUCCUGCUGCCUGGGUCUCCCACUCUGCUGCGCUGACUGGCACCUUCCCAGCCUAUCCAGGCUCCUCAUCUAUGAGCACCAUUACAUCUGGUUCGUCUCUGCCUGACGGCUGUGAGGGCCGGGGUCUCUCCAUCCAUACAGACAUGGCGUCUGUGACCAAGGCCAUGGCAGCUCCAGAGUCUGGCCUGGAAGUUCGAGACCGCAUGUGGCUCAAGAUCACCAUCCCGAAUGCCUUUCUGGGCUCUGACGUGGUUGACUGGCUCUACCAUCACGUGGAGGGCUUUCCCGAACGGCGGGAGGCCCGCAAGUAUGCUAGUGGGCUGCUCAAGGCAGGCCUCAUUCGGCACACCGUCAACAAGAUCACCUUCUCUGAACAGUGCUACUAUGUCUUUGGAGACCUCAGUGGCGGCUGUGAGAGCUAUCUAGUCAACCUGUCUUUGAAUGACAACGAUGGCUCCAGCGGGGCUUCGGACCAGGACACCUUGGCUCCUCUGCCUGGGGCCACCCCCUGGCCCUUGUUGCCUACUUUCUCCUACCAGUACCCAGCACCCCACCCAUACAGCCCCCAGCCCCCACCCUACCAUGAGCUGUCCUCCUACACCUAUGGUGGGGGCAGUGCCAGCAGCCAGCACAGUGAGGGAAGCCGGAGCAGUGGGUCAACACGAAGCGAUGGUGGGGCAGGGCGCACGGGGAGGCCUGAGGAGCGGGCCCCCGAGUCCAAAUCUGGCAGCGGCAGUGAGUCUGAGCCCUCCAGCCGGGGGGGCAGUCUUCGACGGGGCGGGGAACCUGGCCCAGCUGGUGAUGGGGGUCCUCCCCCAUCCAGGGGCUCGUCAGGGGGUCCCCCCAAUCUUCGAGCCCACCCAGGGCUCCAUCCCUAUGGACCACCCCCAGGCAUGGCCCUCCCCUAUAACCCCAUGAUGGUGGUCAUGAUGCCCCCACCCCCACCCCCUGUCCCCCCAGCAGUGCAGCCCCCGGGGGCCCCUCCCAUCAGAGACCUGGGCUCUGUGCCCCCUGAGCUGACAGCCAGCCGCCAAAGCUUCCAUAUGGCCAUGGGCAACCCCAGUGAGUUCUUUGUGGAUGUGAUGUAGACCCCACAGUGGGGCCUCCAGUUCUGGAUUGGUGCUUCUGCUCUGUGAUUGGUGUCCUGUCAAUCACGUGCUCACAAUGCCUCCUGAGGCCCAGGCUCAGCCUGCUGGCUGCCCCCUUCCUGCCGUGAGGCUGUUGCCACUGUGACUUACCAGCAGUGCCUGGUUCCUCCCUCUUUCCUUGGGGGUGUACAAGGGACCUUUGGUUAUUUCUAGCUUUAUUUUUUUUUUAUAAGCUUUUUUGAGGAUUAAAAAUAGACUUUCUUAGACUUUUCAGAAUAUUUUUUAUAGACAUUUUUUAUAUGAAGUAUCCCUGUCCCCUGGGCCCCUCUUCUAACCCUGAAAUGUGACCUCCUCAUCCAUUCACCCAGUCAGCUCUGCUCUGUGUGGGGCGGUGGGUAGUCAGUGGUACCCUGGGAGGAGGAAGGAGGCUGGUCACCCCAGACAGCAGUCAAAGGAAGCUGGGGUAUUUGGUACUUGGGGGCCAUGUAGCUGCCUUUGUUACUCUUUAUUUAUUUUAGUCACUUGUAUAAAACACCGAAUAAAACAAUAGAGGCAAACUCCCUACCGCCUCUGGCUCCUUUCUUUGGGAGGGAGACAGGUAGCCAGGGGAAGGAAUAUGGUAGUAAAGUGUAACUUGUCAGAAACUUUAUUAUUUGUGAGGCAGUUAGUGCUCCCUCUGAGAGGAGGCAUAGUUCUGGGGACAGGAGGCCCCCUUCAAGGCAGGACCAGGGCCCAGCUGGAGGAGGCUUGGGCUUUGGCUUGAAAGAAGGCACAUAAGUGGGCCAGGCCCUGGGUGGGAGCACUCAGAAGCCAAGGGGGUUCCUGGUGGCCACCCCACCCUGCUCCACCAAGGCCUGGGAGAUGCUUCUGAAGUUGCGGAAGAGCUCCUGCUGCUGGGGGUCCGACUGCAGGGCGGCCAUGGUCUUCUGGAUCCGGGCUGCGGCCUGUGGUGGGGAGGGGGGUGGUCAGGGUGUGCUUUGAGUCCCUCACCUGCACUAGGUACCCCCGAGUCUCACCUCAAUACACCAGCUGUCACAGAGCAUUUUCUCAUGUUGGGCUGUGGGGUGGCUCUCACUCAGAGCUCUUGAGGCCCUGGUGGGAAGUAGAAGGCAAAAAAAAAGUCUGUGUAGUGAGCCUGGCCCAGGACCCUCCUGCGGCUCAGGCUCCAUGCUGCUCCUCACCUGGACAGAACCACCAUCAUGGCAUAGAGGUCAAUGGCACCAUCUGCUAGGCGCUGCAGCAGAAACUGCUCAUCUGUCAGCUUGGCCUCCACAACCGUGGCAAACUGCUCCAGGGCCUCCACUGCCUGAAGAGAUUGGGAGAGUGCACAGGCUUGGAGGGGCCUCCCAUCACCCUUGACUCAGGCAUCCCCUCACCUGACUGCUUACCAGCUUGCCGCUCCGACUCAACUCUGGGUGGAUGACUCCACUGAGACUCAGGCCACUGCCCAGCCCUGCCCGCCUGAGGAGGGAGAGGAUGACUGUUCCGCUACCGCUUACCAUACAGCCCUGCAGAGCCACAAACAGCCUGAGAAUAUCAUUCGUCCCCUCAAAGAUCCGGAAGAUUCGAAGAUCGCGCAACACGCGUUCUACCCCGGCCUCCUACCGUCAGGAAAGACUGAUUAUAAGGCCCUGCUGAGAUGGGUCUUACUCCUCUGGCUGGCUUAACUGAGGGUACCCCAUGCAGAAGACCCUCCUGUACCUUCAUGAAGCCCAUGCCCCCCAUGACUUGGAUGCACUCAUCUGCCACCGCCCAGGCUGCCUCCUAGGAACAAAAAACAAGACAAGAUUGGUUUGUGAGCCAAGCUCCUAAUCUGGAUGCUCCCUCCCAGCAUGCCCUGGGACCUCACCGAGCCAAAGAUUUUGCUGAUGGCGGCCUCUAUCUGGAAGUCCUUGGAUCCCUGGUCCAUGUUGGCACUCACCAUGUAAGCCAUGGACUGAGGUUGCAUGGUCAGGACAUAGGAAGGAAAAGCGAAAAGGGCUGCAACAGACCCAACUUGACCUCCUAAGUCUCCAAGACCAACUCUGACCUAGCACCGCAAGGCCCGUGCAUUCACUCUGUAACGCUAUGUUAUGCAAGUCUAAAUAUUUGGUCCCCUGAGUCAGUUCAUCAGGGCUCAGGCAUUUGACUUCCUGCAAGAGAUCAGGAAGCGUUGGGGUGGGGGUAGCGUUAACUUCUGGGAAGCACCUCGGCAGAAUAGCGCGCCUCAUGUGCAGAAGCUGAACUGACUAUGCCUCUCCGCAUCCCCUAGGGCAUUGGUGUGAAGCUGGAGACCCACUGCCCCAGGUGCUGCUGGGGGUUGUAGUCUGACCCAGCGGAGAGAAAGGCUCCAGGGAGGAGGGUGAAGGGCUCUCACCUCAGUCACAUAAUGCAGAAUUGCCAUGCGGGCCAGCUUCUCCUGAAUCAUCCCAAAGUUGUGAAUUUUCUCCCCAAACUGAGUACGGUUAGUAGCAUGAUCCACCUGGAAAAGGGCACGUGGGUUACACGGUAGUUCUGCAGUUUCCCAGCAGAGGGGCUGGAGGGAGGGGCUUUGGCCACAGCCAAGGUCAGUCCCCACUGGAUGAAAGCCUAAGCUAAUAGUUCAGGAGCUGUUUGUGGGGAGGGUUUUGUGGUGGAGGGAGUGCCUGCAAGGGAGUCAGAGGGGACUGUGACUCAGAGUCAGGCUAGCUAUAGGGUCGCUAUGAGUUAGAAUUAACUUGACAGCAACAGGAUGGUUGUUGGAUGGGGUCCCUAUAAGUUGGAGUCGAUGGCAACAGUAACAGGAGGGACUCAGGCAGGGUGCUCACCACCUUAGCAAUGAUGCCCUUCAUGGUGCCUGCAAGGGCUGCAGCCAUGCCAAACCUUCCAUUGUUGAGAAUGUGCAUGGCGACCUUGAAGCCGCCUCCCACCUCACCCAGCACGUUCUCCGAUGGCACCCGCACCGCAUCAAAGUACACCUCUGCUGUGUUCGAGGCUUUGAUGCCCAUCUUCUUCUCAGGGGGCCCACUGCGACAGGGCAGAGUAGAGAAGCAGAGUUGUGUUCAACAAGUUGCCACCAGAGGAGGAAACUGCCCCUUCAUGCCUUAUGAACCAAGGAGGAACUACAAAUCCCAGACUAUGAGAGGAUACAGGCCACAGUUCCUACGAUGCCCAGAGGGCUAUAAAGGCUGAGCUAUAGAGGCCUGGCUAUGUCUUGCUAGUGGGUUGGGCCCACUAUUUGCUAGGAGUCCAAGCUUUAAAUCGGUUUCAUACAUAUUAGUCCCAACGGGAACAUGCUGUCUGCUUUGGCUUUUGUAUCCCCCCGCCCCGCCCCGCCCCUGCCAGGGUGACAUGUAGCAACCAUCUGCCCUGGUGCCCAGUACUGCCCCCUCCUUGGCCCUGCCUCUUCCUCCAACACUCACUGGGUAACACCCCCAAAGCUCUUCUCCACCACAAAAGCUGUGAUCUUCUCUUUCGUGGUGCCCGUGGAUGCAUCUUUAACCGGUGUUUUGGCAAAGACUGUGAAGAUUUCUGCCAGGCCCCCAUUACUGUAGAAGAAUGAGGGGGCAGUCAGGAGGACUGAGAACAGUGGGGCCUAGAAUCGGGGAGAGGUGGAGAAAAGGAAGAAAUGAGAGGAAAAUUGCCUGAUCCAAAUCUUGCUUCCGUUGAGGGUAUAAUAACUUCCACAGGGGCUGGGUACAGCUGAGCUUCGGAUGGAGGCUGCAUCGGACCCACUGGAGGGCUCCGUUAGACAGAAAGCGGCCAUAGUCUCCCCUGUGAAGGGGAGAGAGCACCUUUACCAUGGAUCCUGAUGGGCAUCAAAGUCCCCCAACAGCCUGCACCCCUUAACACCUCCAGGAACAUUUAGUUCCUUUGCAUUUCCCCACCAGCACAGUGAGGCCGCCUGAGACGCUCCCAACCAACAUGGCCAGGUGUCUGGUGAUCUAAGUGCCAACCAGCCAAAUCUGUGCCAAGCCCAGGACACCCCACUCCUUGUCUGUAGGACGGUCUCACCAGAUGCCAGUUUGGGGAGGUAUUUUUCUUUCUGGGCCUUCGUGCCAAAGAGCAGGAUGCCUUUGAAACCGAUGCUCUGAUGAGCCCCGAGGGUGAUGCCCACGCCAAGGUCAUGCGUGCCCACGAUCUCCACCAAGCGGGCAUACUGGAGGGAAGCAGGCGGUUGGGCUGUAACUGCCCGAAGACCUCCCCUUGGCAGGAGAGUAGAAUGGAGCAGGGCCUGGCCUAGGUCAUCCCCACAGUGUGGAAAGAGGGAAGUGGAACCAUGGAAAGGGCACAGCAGAGGAUAUAUCUGACCCAGGUAUUGGUGGGUGGGCGGCUUCCUACCACUGUCAAGUGGUUGGUCUCCAGCUUAGAGAUUCGUUAGGACUUGGGACCCGGGGUGAGGUCCAUGGCCCUAGGGAACUGGAUGUAAUUUGUUUUUGGGGGGUGCCUAUACAGUGGGGACAGUCAACAUCCCACAGGCCCUAGACAGUUGCUUGGCAGAGACCUGGGGCCCAGAAAAGUGAUGAAUGCCCUGAAGCUGCCAAGCUGAAGUGGAAUGGCAUCCCGGGGAAUGACAAGGGUACCCCUCACCUGGGUGUUGCAGAGGCCCACGCCACCCAGCUCACUGGGCACUUGCAGACCAAAGGCCCCCAGCUCCUUGAGGCCCUUCAAGGUGGUCUCCUCUACCCGCUCCAAAGCUUCAUUCUUGGCAGGAUCGUUCACCUCCUGGGAAGACACAAGACCCCACAUCCAAGGUCUUUUUAUGCCCUACUAGAGACCCAGGCCUCCACUCUCCAACCCCGAUCAUUCCUCACCUCGAAGAAACGGGACACGGGCCCCACCAGCUCUUUGAGAAACUGAGUCUGCUCCUCAUUGAGCACUGCAGGGGGGGAAGAAAGCUGGCGGGGUGAGGCUGCAGACAGGGAACGCAGCCCUGCCUCCGCCCGGCUUUGAUGACUCCUGCCCUUACCAGAUGGGUAUGGGAACACUUGAUUGGUGGUGAGCUGGCCCUUAAACAUCCCUGCAGCAAAGGACUUAGAUUCCUGGGCAGGGAGAAGGCAGUUCAGGGAGGUGGCUGGGGAGGGGAAGGGUGUCUGCCCCAGCUCAGUUCCUCCCGACUUAGGGGCCACAUACCACCUUGGCCUGGCUUUCCUUGGUGGAGGCAUCAGAGGAGAGGGAAUCUGACUUGUCCACAGCCGUCUAGAGAAAAAUGGUUAUCAAGGACGUGGACAGGGACUUCGGUGUGCCAAGGAGAGCACGGGGCCCGCUGGGUGCGGAAAAGGGUAGAUCCCGCGACCUUUCCCCUAGUUUCAUGUACAGGGCACCCUGGCCUGGCCUUUCCCCUAUUUUCGGUGCCAGACUGGGUGGCAGGUGACUGGCACGAAGAGGGGGACCCCUGCCGGUGGCAGGGAGGUGGGCCCCCACUCCCACACCCCUCGUCCCAAUGCCUCCAUCGCUUACCUGAGCAGCCCCGCUGACAUAAGCUCGCUGGGUCGGACCGGGUCGGGGCUGCCCCAAGAGCGCGCUGGGCCGCGAGCUGUGGGGAGCAGGGGUUCAGUCCCGGUCCAGUCCCCGGGACUGACGUCCCCCGUCCCACCAGAUGGACACAGACCUGCCACCCCUGAAUCGCAGCAGCUGUCGCCCCACGCUCGAAGCCAUCUCAGUCCCCUGCACCUCGGCGCCGCACAGUCCUCAGCUGCCUGGAGCGCCAGCUGACUCCUCGCUUUCGCCCCGCCUCCCAAGGUCCGCCCCACCCCUUGACUUCGUCUCAAAAUGCACCGGGAGGCGGACGGGAGGGGUUUCCGGGCCCCAGGGCAUGCUGGGGCUGCAGUUCCGCAGCGCCCCCCAGCUCCUGCGGUCUGUUUGACCUGGAGCAGUUCCAAGUAUCCCUUGCCUUCCCCAGACUCCUUCUUCCUUUCUGUCUGAGCUAGGGUCUGCUGCUCUACCCUGCCCUGAUGAGAUAGGGUGGGAGAGAAGAGGGAGGAACUUAGGCGACUGCAUCCAGAGAGAUGGAAGGUAGACUGAGGCAGGACUUCCAGGAGGAGUUAGAAGGGAGAGAUGAGGAAAGAGUUGUGUAAGAUGAACGCCAGAAGCAAGGAGGUUGGCUCUUUAAAGGUCUCUUGUGAAAUCUGUCUCUUUCCAUCAAAACAAAAGGGAAGAAAAUGGCAGGUGAGGGACUGAACUGGAGGUGUGAAUGUCCCGAACAUAUAUCCUCCUUAGACCUAGAAGGUGUCACUAACUCUUGAAACACCUAAAACUUCACAGUAGAAAGGAUCCUCUGGGCUCACUGCUUCCUGUUUAGGGCCGCUGAGACUUUGUAAUCAUAUCUCUGUCUGUCUGCUCUCUGGCCCUUCCAGAGACCAUUGCAUCCAGGCUAGACCUCUAGGCAGAUACAUGUGUCCCAGGCCUGAGAGCAACUGUGGAAGUUCUGGAGUCUUCCUUUCUCCCAUGCUUCUCCAGCCCUGGGUCAAGAAGUUCCUGAUAAUUUAUAGCCCUCUUCCCACAAUUCCCGCUGGGGACAGGCCCAGGAGGGGAAA